AUGUCUCCCGACAAGAAUUUGCUGUCCAAAUUAGCCGCCGGUGACAAGCACGGUGAAGAUUCACCGUACUUCGACGGUUGGAAAGCUUACGACAAUAACCCUUUUCAUCUUGAUCAUAAUCCACAAGGUGUUAUUCAAAUGGGUCUCGCCGAAAAUCAACUUUGUUCUGAUUUGAUCAAAGAAUGGAUAAAGGCAAAUCCACAAGCAUCUAUUUGCACGGCGGAGGGCAUUGAAAGUUUCUCCGAUAUCGCUAUUUUUCAAGAUUAUCACGGUCUCAAACAAUUUAGACAGGCGAUUGCGACUUUUAUGGAGAGAGCAAGAGGCGGAAAUGUGAAGUUUGAGGCGGAGAGGGUCGUCUUGAGCGGUGGAGCCACCGGAGCAAAUGAGACGCUCAUGUUCUGUCUUGCUGAUCCCGGCGAUGCUUUUCUUGUUCCGACUCCUUAUUAUGCCGCAUUCGACAGAGACCUAAGGUGGAGAACCGGAGUUAGAAUAAUCCCUGUGGAGUGUAACAGCUCAAACAAUUUCAAAGUUACAAAACAAGCCCUAGAAUCAACCUACCUUAAAGCCCAAGAAACCGGUAUCAAAAUCAAAGGCCUGAUCCUCGCAAACCCAUCAAACCCUCUUGGAACAACUCUUGAUCGAGACACUCUUGAAACCAUUGUCAGCUUCAUCAACGACAAGCAAAUCCAUUUAGUAUGCGACGAAAUCUACGCAGCCACGGUUUUCGCAGGAGCGAGAUUCAUCAGUAUCGCAGAGAUCAUCCAAGAUAUGGACCAUGUCAACCGCGACUUGAUACAUAUCGUUUAUAGUCUAUCGAAGGACAUGGGUCUUCCCGGUUUCAGGGUAGGAGUGGUUUACUCGUACAAUAAUGAUGUUGUGUCUAGCGCGAGGAGGAUGUCGAGUUUCGGAUUGGUCUCAUCGCAAACACAGAGUUUUCUAGCUGCUAUGUUGUCCGAUCAGAGUUUUGUCGAUAACUUUCUUGUAGAGGUGUCGAAGAGAGUGGCGAAGAGACACCACAUGUUCACGAAAGGGCUUGAAGAGAUUGGGAUUUCUUGCUUGAGAAGCAACGCGGGUUUAUUCGUCUUAAUGGAUUUGAGAAAAAUGCUUAAAGAUCAAAGCUUUGAGUCUGAAAUGGCUCUUUGGCAAGUAAUCAUCCAUAAGGUGAAGAUCAAUGUCUCUCCUGGCUCGUCGUUUCACUGCUCUGAGCCAGGUUGGUUCAGAGUCUGCUUCGCUAAUAUGGACGAAGACACACUCCAAAUCGGACUACAGAGGAUUAAAGACUUUGUGCUUGGAGACGGAGACAACAAGAACAAUAUUUGUAACCGCAACAAAGAAAAGGAGAACAAGAAACGAAAGAGUUUUCAAAAGAAUCUCAAGCUGAGUUUCUCUUCGAUGAUAUACGAGGAACAUGUUAGAUCACCAAGCUUGAUAUCACCUCAUUCACCAUUGCUCCUAGCUUAA